AUGAACACACAAUACAAUGGAUGGAAGUUUAAUCAAUCCAGUCUUUACUUCUUUUCUUCUGAGACGAAGAACUGGACUGACAGCAGAAGAUACUGUACAGAGAGAGAAGCAGAUCUGAUCAUCAUCAACAACAGAGAGGAACAAGAUUUUGUGAAGAAUAUUACUGGUAGUUCUGAUCAUUUCUGGAUUGGUCUGACUGAUAUUGAAGAGGAGGACAGAUGGAAAUGGGUUGAUGGCAGCACACUGACCUCUGGGUCCUGGGCGUCUGGAGAGCCAAACAACUAUCAGGGAACAGAAGACUGUGCUAAUACUCUUUCAUCAGAAUGGUUUGAUACUCAUUGUAAUAAUAGUGUUAAAUGGAUCUGUGAGAAGAAUAUUCUUAAAUAAAUGAUACAUUACAAUAAAAAUGUACAUAUAUGCAUUAUAAACAAAUAAAUAUGUCAGUAAUUUUACCUGUUUAUUUUUGUUUUUGUUUUUUUUGAAUGGCACAUUAAUUAGGUUAUUUUGUAAAACCAAAUAAAAAAUAAAUAGAAAAAAAACAUUGUAACAUUAUAAUUUUUAUAUGAAACUUUUUAAAAUCACUUUUCGAAUUUUUAGAUCUGAACUAAAAUCUGAAUGUGAAAAACAACAGUGAUGUUUUUACAGACUGAAAUAAAAUCAGUAAUACACUGAUAAUAAUAGAAAUAUUCAUAAAAACAGCUUUGAUCCAAUAUUCUUCACCAAAAUGAUCAUGAUUUUAGGAGAAUUACUCAGUACAUCAGUAAAGUUUGAUUUGAAAUGUG